GCCUCUUUUGAAACACAGGAAAAGGAGAAGCCAGACUGAUGAAGGAAGUGCUGGUCACUUGGGGGUGGGCACGUUUGAGGAAGCCUCCCACCCUCCCUCUGUCCUGUAGAGAAGGCUGAUCCUUGCUCUCCAGAUGCCAAGAUUUCCCUCAGGUGACCCCUCCAUAGGGCCUCCCUACAGUGCUGCUUGUCUUCUCAUCUCCCUGGAGGAGAGCAGGGCGGUGGGGCUGCCCCUGCUGCUGCUGCUGCUGCUGGCAUCUUUGCAGGCUGGUAGCUUGCCAGGAUCCAAUCCAAAGACUGGCUAUGGGGUCGACCAACCAGAGCACCUCUCAGCCCCCCAGGGUGGCUCCAUCCACAUCCCCUUCUCCUUCAAUCGCCCCUGGGAGUUAACCGAGGUUCACAACUUGAGUAUAUCCUGGAGACGGAAGCACUUCCAUGGGGAGUUCAUCUACAACAUGACCCCUCGUUUCAUCCAUAAGGAUUAUGAGAACCGGCUCUUCCUGAACUGGAGGGAGGGUUCAAAGACCGGCUUCCUCCAGAUCUCGAACCUGCGGAGGGAGGACGAGAGUAUCUACUUCUGCCGUGUCCAGUUGAACACACUGAUUGGCCGCAGGGAGGUGUGGCAGUCCAUCCUGGGGACCAACCUCACGAUCACCCGCGCCGUCAAGACAACCACCCUGGGCCCUACCACCACUGCUGCCACCACCACUGCUACCACGACCACAGUCGACUGCAGGGACUCAGGGGGCAAGAGGAACUCAGAGUCUCAGUCCCCGAGUCUGGAACCUGUGGUUGGGGUGGCACUGGCCAGUGCUGUGCUGAAAAUCACAAUUUUGGGACUGAUGGUCUACCUCAGGUGGAAGAGAAGGAAAGGUCUGCGGACUAAAGCCAGAACCCCAGACAGGGGAUCCUUCCAGAACACUGAGGAGAAGUAUGAGAAUAUUGGGAAUACAGAUCUUCUGUAUCAAGAUGUCCUGACCUGACAGCACCAUGCCUCGGCCCCCAGGGCCUCACCCUGCCUCUACAUCUGCCUCCAAGUCCACAGAACCUUCCUCCCUCUUGGACCUUCUCCCCCAAGAGCUCUUGGAUCUGACCCAUCUUCUCUACUGGCCUCCAACCCCAGGGGAUGAAGGGGACCUUUUGGCCUCCACCAGCCCCCAGACCUCCACCUACCACCUGAGAGGUCCUGCCCAAGCCAGCUGUGCCCUGGGAGGAUUCCUGGAGGUUAUCCUUGUGGCCAGAGACCACCAGGGCAGACCCAAGACCCACAGUGAGGAUCUAUUUUGGGCACAGCAGCUGACUCCUGAUGUGAAGGUUGGAUCCCUGGGGAUGUCCAGGUUCUGGAGAAUGGCACAUACCUGUUGUCCUUCCCUCUGCUCUGGCCUGGAAAUGCUCAGGUGCAAGUCAAGCUGUUCCACUCCAACAAGGCAGUUGGAAUUUUUUGGAGAAUCUGAAGAAAGCAAAGGGCCACAAUAGAUUUCAUGAGGUAUUUCCAGGGAAUAUGAAGAUAGGUCAAUAGAAAGUACCAAAACUGAAAUACAAGGGCAGAGAGAGAGAGAACAGAACGUGAAAGAACUUUUGGUAAAUACUCAAAGGUCUAGGAUAUGGGUAAUUGGAAUCCCAGGAGGAGAAGAGAGAGAAGAGUUGUGCAGAAGAAAUAUUUGAAAAGACAAUGGGUAAAAAAUUUCUAAAAAUAUAAACUAUUAACCCACAGAUCCAAGAUAUUGAGUAAACUCCAAGAAGAACACACACACACACACACACACACACACACACAUCCCCUUAAACAAAUCACUUUUAAACCAAUGUAAACCAAAGAGAAAGAGAAAAAUCUUCAAGGUAGCCAGAGGAAAAAUAUGGCAACUUACAUCAAGAGGAAGAAAGAUAUGAGUUACAACAGAAUUACAUCUUCAGGUAUCAAGUGAUAUCUCAUUGUGGCCUUGAUUGCAUUCCUCUGAAGAUAAGUGACACUGAGCACCUUUUCAUGAACCUGUUGGCCGUUUACACUUGCCUCUUCAGGAAUGUGACAAAGCUCUCCUUCGGAUUCUUUCUCUGAUCCACAGCCAGAUGGCAGCCAAGAGAGGCAGCAGCUUGGCCCUGUCCCUGUGGCGCCUGUGCAGCUCUGAGUUCCUGGUCCCAAAAUUCUCUGGCUUCUAUCACUGAGAUGUGUAGUGCUCACUGUCCUGCUCUGGCCACUCCUCCUCCACUGUUGACAGCAUCCUGGGCUGCCUGACUGACUGCUCAUCCACAUGGUGGGGGACUCCACACUUCGGCAGUGGUGGGAGUAUCUGAAGGAGGGUGCAGGCGUGUCUGGAAGGCAGCAGGCAGUCCAGCCAAACUGGAGUGGAGAGUCUGCCUUGAGGAGGACUGGGUGAGAAAGUUUGGGUUAUUCUGCAGGCCUUGUGGAGCCAUUGAACAUUGCGAGUAGAGGAAUCUAAUCAUAUGGGUCAAGUUUUCUUAAGAGGUUUCACAAAAAGAAGCUUGAAAGAAACUUCUAAGAGGACAAUCGCUCUGAGCCCAGUCUCCUAAUAUCUUAAGCACUGUUUUCCCUGUCAUCAACCCUUCUCCACACCGUCCUCACUGCCUCCCUGUAAUGGAUCAUUUCCACCAGUGUUUGCAUCCAUUCAGGGCUAUUCUUGUUGUAAGUAACUGAAGACACAGUUAAAGCAGCUCCGGGAGGAAACGAGUUAAUUGGCCCAAGUGGCUAAAGAGUUAAGGAGUGAAUCUGGCUUUCAGCAAAGACUGAAGCUGGUCAUCAGGUCUGUUUCUCUUAACUGCUCACUUCUGCCCCCUUCUGUUUAGCUUCAUUCCUGGUCUGCAUUUGGUGGCCCAGCAGCAAUGGGCUCUUCCAAGAAGGUGGCAAGAUGACCCAUCCUCCCAUGUCUGUCUUGCAGGAAAGAACUUGACUUUCUUCCACUAGCUCCAGCAAAAACCCUCGGAUUAUCAAGACUGGACUAGUUUAAGUGACCCAUCCAUCCUGAGGACAAUCAAUGGGGCCAAAGCAAUGUGUUGCUCUAGAUGACGAGGCCUGAGUAAUGGGCAGAAUAUCCAUGUUCUGGAAACCCUGAAGCUGGUGGAUCUACAUGCCAGAUAUCAGAUGGGGCCCCUGAUGGCCGUGGAGAUCACUCGGGGCAUAGUGCUACACUGGCGAGCCCACAGCUGGCCCCUGUGCUGCCUCUGCACACCAGGGGCCUCUCUGCGCUCCAUGGUCUGGGAGCCUGGUGACCAAGCUGGGGGCCCCUGCAUGUGGUGGUGCUGGACCUGGGUGCCCACUUCACCACCUUCCCCACACCCAUCUUUGUGCAACAAAUGGCAGGGACUCAGGUUGCUGCAGCUGCACUGCUGGCCCAGGAACCCCGUACUCUUGUGAUCAUCAAACUGGCCAACACUGGCUACCAGUCUGUGUAUAGCAGUGACUAGUUCACCUGCCAAAUGAAUUGGCUCCUCUCAGGUGCCUUUGCUGACCUCCAUGUGGACUUUGUGGAUACCUGGGAAAUGACCUCCAGGCUGGCCCUGCCAGACAGCAUCCACUCAAGGCCACUCAUCAUCCACAAUGAGGUGGACUUCCUCCUGUCCUUCAUCUGCACCCCCGGAGUGCUUCUGCAGGUACUGAGCUGGGUGGGUGGAGAGCUGGGGCAAUGAUCAAGCCUGGAAGCCCUUCCCCUCAGCUGACUGUACCUCUCCUCUUACCUCCACCUAAUGCACAGGCAAAAAAUCAACCAGCAAGAAUUGGGAUGUGGGUGGUGGCAGGAGAGGGAAGCCUGGAAGUGGUCCAAUGCAUCUUAAAAGGUUUAGUUCCCAUGUGGAAAAGCAGUGCUGAGGGGAUCAGAGGGUGGGAACAGAGUCAACAACAUCUAUCACAUCAGUACAUAUGAGGACUGUGAUAUUCUGUGCCGGAGUCUCCAUUGAGAGAGUUAACCAGCUUUGCAAAGAUAUAAGAGAUGGAUUCCAUUCCAGUUGAUCAGAGCCACCUUGGUGGAAAGCCUGCCUAUAUAUAUAAAGAUUUUUAUGGAAUUAUUUGUAAAAUAAAAUAUUUCUCCUAGUUCUAAAAUGUAAUACAUGUUUUUUGUAGAAAAUUUGAAGUACCAAAAAAUUAACAAACAAAAUAAAAAUCACCUAGAAUCCCA